UCAGGUGAAAGGGAGGGACUCAAGUCAGCACACCUUCGGACCGGUGUACUUCCUGUAUCUACCGCUGUGAUAUAUAAACCCGGCGCGCAGAACGGCAGCCGAAAAUCCUUUUAUAGUUUGACAUGGUCUAGGCUACUGCUGGAACUGAGCAUCGUCUCUCUCUCUAUCCCUCUCUCUCUCUCUCUCUCUCUCUCCUGUCUACUAUUCUAACUGGACCGUUGGAAGACUGUCGCCUGGCAGCGCAGGUACAAGAUACCGCUGCAAAGUAGAAGAUUAAAUCCAGACUUCGCAUACAGCCUGUGAGAAAUCUGAAAAAGAAGCAAACAUGAAUGCUCCGCACUUUUCCAUAGACUUUCUGCUGCUGUGCAUAUCUUGCGGAGCAAGUGUAUUGGCAGCGAACUCUCCCACCGUGUCCUCGAUGCUGCCAGACACCAAUUUCACCGACCUUGGCUCAGCGUUCAACUAUGGAGAAGCAGACAGCGAGAAUAUUAUUCUGACCAGGAAGAAGCGUUAUAUUUCCCAAAACGACAUGCUUGUCAUUCUUGGUUACCACAAUAAAGUAAGAGGGAAAGUUUUCCCUCCGGCCUCCAAUAUGGAGUACAUGACGUGGGACGAGACCCUGUCUAAAUCAGCGGAGGACUGGGCCCACGCGUGUCUGUGGGAGCACGGACCUCGACACCUCCUCAGGUUCCUGGGCCAGAACCUCUCGGUCAGGACCGGACGCUACCGCUCUAUUCUCCAGUUAGUGAAGCCCUGGCAUGAUGAAGUGAAGGACUAUGUGUUCCCAUAUCCCCGGGACUGCAACCCAAGGUGCCCCCUUAAAUGCCACGGACCCAUGUGCACACAUUAUACACAGAUGGUUUGGGCCACAACAAACAAAGUUGGCUGUGCUGUACACACCUGUCAAAAUAUGAACAUAUGGGGGAACGUGUGGAAACAAGCUACAUUCUUAGUGUGCAACUAUUCGUCCAAGGGGAACUGGAUCGGAGAGGCACCCUAUAAAGUAGGCGUCCCGUGCUCCGCCUGUCCCCCGAGCUACGGAGGGUCCUGUUCCAAUAACAUGUGCUUCCCAGCCCUCAACACAAACUAUCUGCAGUGGUUCAAAUAGAGCCAGGAGUCCCUGUCCAGACUUAAGGCUACGUCCCCAAAAUCACACCCUAUUCCCUAUUGCCAUUUGGUGCUAACACGCUGACCCUCGACCCCAACACAGAGACUUUUUCCCUCCUGAAGGAUUUGCACAACAGUUGUGGAAAACACACUUAUUUAAGAUUAAAACAUACAUUUAUAAUAAUGUGUACAUAGAAUUCAUGUUUGGUUUUUUUUAAACUUUUUUUCCCAGAAGUUUUUAUUUUAUUGAUUAUCAUGUGAUGAAUUAGAUUGAUUGAUUGAUUGAUUGAUACAGUAGGAUGAUAAUUUAUCUUGUGAAGUAUGUUUCCUAACAGUGUUACAGUAUUAUGGGUUUACCAUUGGUCAUGUACCCAUAGAAUGUGGAUACGCAUAGAUGUGCCUCACAAUGGUCAAAUGAAUACAAGUUAUUGACAUUUCAACGCUACGGUAGCAAGCAAAAUGUGUUAUGAAAAGUGAUUGUUAACUUUUACAUUUUUUUUUUUGCUGCUUAGCUAAUCAUCUUGGCUAACUGUGGAGAGAAAUAGUUAACUUAUGUACCGUUAAUUAGGGCUCGAUUCAAUCUGUACCAAUUCUACGGCGCAAUAGACAUUGAAAGGCAAUGUUACCUAGUGAGCGGAGGACGCGCUCACGGUAAACACCGAAUACGUCCGACUCAAUCGGAAAUUACUUUUAAAUUUCAAUCGCGUAGUGUCUCUGAACUUUAGUGAUUCAGAUGGAAUCGACCCCUUUAAGCCACCGCAAAUCUCUCUUAGCUAGCAAACGCAACACUGUGUCCUAAACUGCAAGGUGUUUCCAGCGAUGUUUCCUUUUUUGUCUGUUAUAGUCUGUUAUAGUGUGCUGCGUUUUAACGCACCUUGCAAUAAAUCCCAGCAUGUGUAAAUGGUGCUGAAGGCAUUACACACAAUGUGUAGGUUAUGCCUUGUCAUGGUUAGAAGAACAUGGCCUCAGGCCUCAGACCUCAACUGACAUGAAGCACUCAACCACUAGGCUACCAAUCCACAUAGCAACCGAAGCUAACCCAAACGAUAGGCUACCAAGCCACAUUGCAACUGAAGCUAACCCAAACGAUAGGCUGCCAAGCCACAUAGCAACUGAAGCUAACCCAAACAAUAGGCUGCCAAUCCACAUAGCAACUGAAGCUAACCCAACAGGCUACCAAUCCACAUAGCUAACCCAACAGCCUACCAAACCACAUAGCAACUGAAGCUAACCCAACAGGCUACCAAUCCACAUAGCUAACCCAACAGCCUACCAAACCACAUAGCAACUGAAGCUAACCCAACAGGCUACCAAUCCACAUAGCUAACACAACAGCCUACCAAACCACAUAGCUCAGCCAGUAGGUUACCAAACCACACAGCUCAGCCAGUAGGCUACCAAACCACACAGCUCAGCCAGUAGGUUACCAAACCACAUAGCUCAGCCAGUAGGCUACCAAACCACACAGCUCAGCCAGUAGGUCUACCAAACCACACAGCUCAGCCAGUAGUCUACCAAACCACACAGCUCAGCCAGUAGGUUACCAAACCACACAGCUCAGCCAGUAGGCUACCAAACCACACAGCUCAGCCAGUAGGUUACCAAACCACAUAGCUCAGCCAGUAGGUUACCAAACCACACAGCUCAGCCAGUAGUCUACCAAACCACACAGCUCAGCCAGUAGGUUACCAAACCACACAGCUCAGCCAGUAGGCUACCACACCACACAGCUCAGCCAGUAGGCUACCAAACCACACAGCUCAGCCAGUAGGCUACCAAACCACACAGCUCAGCCAAUAGGUUCCAAUAGGUUCAGUUCUGGUUGCUAAAGGACAGGUUCAGUUCUGGUUGCUAGAGGACAGGUUCAGUACUGGUUUCUAUAGGACAGGUUCAGUUCUGGUUGCUAAAGGACAGGUUCAGUACUGGUUGCUAUAGGACAGGUUCAGUACUGGUUGCUAUAGGACAGGUAAAGUUCUGGUUGCUAAAGGACAGGUUCAGUUCUGGUUGCUAUAGGACAGGUUCAGUUCUGGUUGCUAAAGGACAGGUUCAGUUCUGGUUGCUAUAGGACAGGUUCAGUACUGGUUGCUAUAGGACAGGUUCAGUACUGGUUGCUAAAGGACAGGUUCAGUUCUGGUUGCUAUAGGACAGGUUCAGUUCUGGUUGCUAUAGGACAGGUUCAGUACUGGUUGCUAUAGGACAGGUUCAGUACUGGUUGCUAAAGGACAGGUUCACUACUGGUUGCUAUAGGACAGGUUCAGUACUGGUUGCUAGAGGACAGGUUCAGUUCUGGUUGCUAUAGGACAGGUUCACUACUGGUUGCUAUAGGACAGGUUCAGUUCUGGUUGCUAUAGGACAGGUUCUGUUCUGGUUGCUAUAGGACAGGUUCAGUACUGGUUGUUAGAGGACAGGUUCAGUUCUGGUUACUAAAGGACAGGUUCAGUUCUGGUUGCUAUAGGACAGGUUCAGUACUGGUUGCUAUAGGACAGGUUCAGUACUGGUUGUUAGACGACAGGUUCAGUUCUGGUUGCUAUAGGACAGGUUCAGUUCUGGUUGCUAUAGGACAGGUUCAGUACUGGUUGCUAUAGGACAGGUUCAGUACUGGUUGCUAUAGGACAGGUUCUGUUCUGGUUGCUAUAGGACAGGUUCAGUACUGGUUGCUAUAGGACAGGUUCAGUACUGGUUGCUAUAGGACAGGUUCUGUUCUGGUUGCUAUAGGACAGGUUCAGUACUGGUUGCUAUAGGACAGGUUCAGUACUGGUUGCUAAAGGACAGGUUCACUACUGGUUGCUAUAGGACAGGUUCAGUACUGGUUGCUAUAGGACAGGUUCAGUACUGGUUGCUAAAGGACAGGUUCACUACUGGUUGCUAUAGGACAGGUUCAGUACUGGUUGCUAUAGGACAGGUUCAGUUCUGGUUGCUAUAGGACAGGUUAAGUACUGGUUGCUAUAGGACAGGUUCAGUUCUGGUUGCUAUAGGACAGGUUCAGUACUGGUUGUUAGAGGACAGGUUCAGUACUGGUUGCUAUAGGACAGGUUCAGUACUGGUUGUUAUAGGACAGGUUCAGUACUGGUUGUUAGAGGACAGGUUCACUACUGGUUGCUAUAGGACAGGUUCAGUACUGGUUGCUAUAGGACAGGUUCAGUACUGGUUGUUAUAGGACAGGUUCAGUACUGGUUGUUAGAGGACAGGUUCACUACUGGUUGCUAUAGGACAGGUUCAGUACUGGUUGCUAUAGGACAGGUUCAGUACUGGUUGCUAUAGGACAGGUUCAGUACUGGUUGUGUUGCUUGUUGUUUGUCUUUUAACAUGACUCUGGGCAUUCCAUACAGUAGGCUCAGUGGAAUGUGUACACCAUGGGACAGAUGAAAAGUAUUAAAUUGAAAGUAUCCAGGUUUGUCCUUACAGCAUGUGUUUUGGUCGAUGGCUUGAUUCUGUUGUGUUUAAUGUUGUAUAAUGUUCACUGAACUGUUUUCAGCUCUUAGAUGGAGAACCAUUUCAUAGAAUAUUGUGUACAUGGAUAACCCUCAUACCCAGAACAUUAAUAUCCUCGUACUACAUUCAUACUGUAAGUUAUAUGCCAGAAAUAUUUAAUUAAAGGAUGUUUUUUUUAUUUGUAUUGUUUUGUAAAAUAGACUUUACAUAAAUGUGGAAUUCUUUCCAAUUGCAUACUGGUUUUGAUUGAGGUAACACAUUAAGAUAACAAUAAAAAAAAACUUGUAUUGUUUCCUCCAA